AUGUUGUUCUUGUUUCUCCUGAAAGCUUUUUGCGUUGUCUACGCCACCUGCGCCGAAAGCUCAAAUUGCAAGACCUGUCACUCCAAUGGCAAGUGCAUUGCAUGCAAAGAUGGAUUUUAUUAUCCAUCAGUUGAUGGGUUCUGUGUUCUCAGAAAUUCCAUCAUUCAUUGUAAGAACUAUGACCAAUUGAAAUGUACUGAGUGUGAAAUUGGGUACUAUUUAGACUCCCAAGAGUGCAAAACGUGCACUUCCAAUUGUGACUAUUGUACCGAAACUCGAUGUAUUCAGUGUGCAGCGGAAUACACUCUCAUCGAUUCUAGAACGUGUAAAAAAUGUGAUGUGGAGUCCACAAAUGCGGGACUGAAUUACACUGCAUGUGGUCGAUGUGACACUUCUCACUAUUUUGAUGUCACUAGUAAGCAGUGUAAUGCUUGCGUAGAGAAUUGUCUUCAUUGCACCACCUCAGACAACUGCCUGCAAUGCAAACAAGGGUUUUAUAAUACCAACAAUUCAUGUGUUGCACUGGAACACUGCGACUAUUCCUAUGGCGAACAUUGCGAGGUGUGUGCUUCACGUUACUAUUUAGAACAAGGUCGCUGUUAUGAAUGUAGUGACCACUGUCUCAAUUGUAUGGACUCGACGAGAUGUGUGUUGUGUGACAUUGAAUACACUUUGUUCAAUGGGAACUGCGUCGAUACAAUAGCAAAUUGUAAGUCACAGAAUCCAGUGCAGGGGUGUGUCGAGUGUGUGGACACAUAUUACUUAACACUGAAUUCGACUUGUUCACAAUGUCCGAGUGAGUGUCACACAUGUAGUAACGCAACUAAUUGUUUGACGUGUGCGGAAGACUAUUACCGCGACGAGAGGAAUAUUUGUGUACAGAAAGAUGACAAUUGCCUUGUGGCUGACCAACUUGGAUGUGUCGUGUGUGACACACUCUAUUACCUCGAAACAACUAACUUCAAUGGGAAGCUGAAUACCUCGAAGACUUGUAAGAAGUGCGACGAAAAUUGUCUGGCGUGUCAUUAUAACUCGAGUUGGUGCACUGGGUGCACUGAUAACAAUUUGAUAUAUGAGAACACAGAAGCUACACAAAUGUACUCUGAUUUAACUAGUCUCAGUAAGACGAUCUAUGGGUGUAAAGAAUGGACAAUAGAAUCUCAUUGUACUAAACUUACCUCUGGAUUUUGUACAACGUGUGAUUCGUCGACCUUUUUGAAGGGAAUUGAGUGCAUUCAAUGUCAUGAAAGUUGUGCGUCUUGUACCUCUUCGUCCUUCUGUGAGUCGUGUAAAAACACAGAAACAGAGCAUUAUUGGCGACCGCCCUCGCAGAGUAAUUUGAAUGAAGAUUUAAAAGGGUUUUGCCACUUAGUCGAUCUUACUAAUUUGGACUGGAACUUUAGUGAGUGUUCCACUAAAAUAACUACAAGUGGGUGUAACUCCUGUCAUGAAGGGUAUUACAGUCAAGAUGGCGUUUGUUCGAUCUGUCCGUCUCGGUGUUUUGGGUGUAAAGUUAAUGAAGAUUUAGACCUUCAAAGUACCACUGACACGUCAUCGUCCUCCACUGAUAGUCUUCUCUGCACGUCAUGUCGUGACGGGUACUUCUUGUUGUUGAGUGAAGGUGUUUGUAAGCAAUGUGAAGAGAUCGCGAGUUGUCUGAAAUGCGACGAUUCGGGGUGUUUACAGUGUUCAGAUGGGUAUACCGUGUCGACCGAUGCUUUAAUGUGUAAUAAGAAGAACACGGCCUUAGUCGUCUCCUUAGUCAUUGUUUUUAUCGUCAUCUUCAUCAUCAUUGUCGUCGUAAUUAUCUCCGCUAUCAUCUGGAAGAAGCGGAGAGAGCAAAAACAGCGGGAGACGGAGAUCCGGCCAUUCCGUGUGUCUUCCGAUAUAGAAAUGGCGUUGUUGACUGCGGACAAUGAGAACUUCCCAUUGAAGACGGACAAGUGGGAGUUAACUUUUGGGUUGAAAGGGACGAAAGCGAUAGUGAACAAGGAAUACACUGAGAAGGUGCAAGUGAUCAAUUCGACGACGAAGCAGUUCUAUUAUGAAAUCUUAGCGAAUCCAUCACACCGAUACAACUUACAGAUCACUCCAAUGCAUCAAGUCCUGAACCCUGGAUAUGCCAUUGAAAUUGAAUUUAAGAUCACUCUGCUGUGCACUGCUAUGGUCAAAGAUGAUGUCGGGAUUAUAGCGAUGGACGUAGAUGAGAACAAUAAAGAGACGGCGAAGAUUAAAGUCCUCAUUGAAAGUGAUUUGUCGACGAAAUUGGACCACACCGAGUUGAAGCCAAUUAUGCCGGCAAUAGGCGAAGGUGCGUUUGGACUUGUGUUUAAAGGGACGUAUAGGGGACUUGAAGUCGCUAUCAAAAAGAUGAAGGCUCGAAAUAUGACGGAAGAACAAGAGAAGGAAUUCAAUCAUGAAGUGACUCUUCUGCAACAAUUGAGACAUCAGAUGAUAGUCAACUUGAUCGGCGCAGUGUAUACAGAAGGCGAAGUAUCAAUUGUGACUGAAUUUGCGGAAUAUGGAUCACUCAGUAAGAUUUGGGGAAAGUAUCUCAUCAACUUGGAAUUGAAAGUGAAGCUCUUGGAUGACUUGGCAGUUGCUAUUGAGUACCUUCAUAGAUCCCAAUUUCUGCAUCGUGAUAUUAAAGGCGAAAAUGUCCUCGUUUACUCAUUAAAUCACAAUAACACUGUAUGUGGAAAAUUGACAGACUUCGGGACGUGUAGAUCAAUAUCAGAGAGUGCUCUGAAUAUAAAGGAAUUGUCGUCUGGUAUAGGAACACCUACAUACAUGAGUCCGGAAUCAUUACAAGGCUUAACUACAUACAGUUACCCCGUCGACAUUUAUGCGUUUGGAGUGGUGAUGUACGAAACGUUUAUAGAGAAGGCGGGAUAUACUGAUACUAAAAUCUUCAACCAGCCAUGGGUCAUUCCACAGUUUGUGAUAGAAGGGAAACGACUAGAAAGACCGAAGGAGACGCCUGAUUAUUAUUGGACCCUCCUUGAAAAGUGUUGGGCUCAAAACCCAGAAGAAAGACCAAGUGCGAUAAAGGUCGUUGAGACAAUAGCCACUUGGGACUUGAAUUUCAAUAAGUAUUAUAUAACCAAAGAAUGA